UCAGAGUAUGUAUCAUGAAUAAUAUCCAAUGUGAUGUAUGCUUUAUAUAUAAAACAAAAAACGUAAAUCUUAUAAUAUAUUUGUCCUAUAUUUCUAUGAUAUAACAGGUUUAAGAAGGCAAAACCAAGCUAGAGUCGAGAAUAUAUAGGGAGGAUCACAGGUGUAACCAUAUCCCUAUAAUUAGCAGCAGCAGGUGUUGCUGCUCAACGUUUCAGCAGCACCUAGAGCGAAAAGUGAUAUUUUGCAUGCAGCGUUGAGGGGAAGAGUGAAGCCAAGAACAGAGCUGACAUACAGGCAGGAUCAAAAACAGUGCAGAUGCAUUACAUUAUGAUGAUAAAAUCCUGUUAUAGUAUAGGAUAUAUAGGCUUGCAAAGUUUGGAUAAAUAAUGCAGUACUGAUUCACUGAUAUUUUUUUUAUUUUAUUGAUACACUAUUUUAAUUUUAGACUCUAGGGGCCGCUGUUAGCCUGUAUAACAAAUAUAAAGCUUUUUAAAAGCAGCUGCACCUCCAUUGCCUGGCUCAGUGUGCCGCGUAGGGCAGGGUGUUCGGUCUUCAUUUCUAUCAGUGAUUUCUGGACUCAUUUAUUUGGUGUAACCCGGUUGGAUCCUACAGGAAACACAAAUCGGAGGCUAUAUUGGACGAUCGUUGAUAUUUUGGACGGAGAUUUGUUUGCAUUUGGACGUAUUCUUUCAGGAAAAUGCGCUUUACCAGCACGGAUUAUGCGGUUAAACGGCAAGUGCAGGCCUUCCUCCUUGUUUUUUUUAUUGAGUCCUCGGUUUGCCAGAUCCGCUACUCUGUCCCAGAGGAAAUGAGAAAAGGCUCAUAUGUGGGAAAUAUAGCUGAGGAUUUGGGUGUUGACGCUAAGAGAUUGAAAUCAGGUGGUGCCAGAAUUGUUAGCGGUGAUGGAAGCGAGCACAUUAAGCUGGAUGUAGACAAAGGGAAUCUGGUCGUGGGAAACAGGAUAGACAGAGAGCAGCUCUGUGGGCAGACAUCGCCCUGUAGCCUGAAUUUUGAAAUCAUUCUGACAAAUCCAAUGCAGUUGCACAGCGUUGUAGUUGAAGUACUAGAUAUUAAUGACAAUGCGCCCACAUUUCAUGAGAAGGAGAUGCAUGUAGAAGUCUCAGAAUCGGCUCUUCCAGGAACAGAAAUAUUGCAAGUCAGCGCCACAGAUCUAGAUGUCGGCAUCAAUGCUUUACAUGGCUAUGCAUUGCACCCGAUAACUAAUUUUAAUAUUAAAGUCCUCUCUAGUCCGAAUGGGCAUAAAUAUGCUCAGUUGUAUCUUUCUGAUGCUUUAGACCGAGAAAAGGAAGGACAUCUGCUUCUAACACUCUCUGCUGUUGAUGGGGGUGAACCACAGCGAUCAGGGAGUCUAAAAAUACAUGUUACUGUUCUAGACACAAAUGACAAUGCCCCCGUUUUUACGCAACCAAAUUUUAAAGCAUCAGUCAAAGAAAAUAUUCCAGAAGGAUCAUUAGUGGUGAGCUUGAGCGCAACGGAUGCAGAUGAAGGAAAGAAUGGACAAAUCACGUAUCAUUUUAAUCACAUGUCCAACAGCAUUGCUGGGCUUUUUCAUCUGGAUGAAAACAGCGGUGAUUUAAUAGUUAAUGGUAAGCUUGACUAUGAACUUAUCAAAUUGUAUGAAAUUGGGGUUCAAGCGAAGGAUCAAGGCGGACAAAGCACAUCCACUAAUCUAAUAAUUGAGGUAAUUGAUGUGAAUGACAAUGCACCUUUAAUAACACUUACCUCGUUUUCUAAUACGAUCCCUGAGGAUUCCCCCAGUGGAACCACUGUUGCUAUCAUAAAUGUUAAGGAUUUAGAUUCAGGCAAAAAUGGUAAGGUGGACUGCUCUGUUGAUGCCAAUAUCCCAUUUGCAAUCCAAUCAUCGCUGAAGAAUUAUUUCACUCUUGUCACAAACGGAGUUCUAGACAGAGAGCGCAAAUCUGAAUAUAACAUCACUUUUACAGCUGUGGAUGAAGGAACUCCACCGCUUUCUACGAGCAAGACAAUAACUCUUAGGGUAUCAGAUGUAAAUGAUAAUGCCCCCGUCUUUGAAAGGGAUGUUUAUGAAGCUAAUAUAAUGGAGAAUAACUCCCCUGGUUUGUCUGUGUUUUCUAUUAAAGCACAUGAUGCCGAUUCAGGACAGAACGCCCGAGUCUCUUACCUGCUUAUUGAUACUGAGUUUAAUGGCAGCCCCAUAUCAGAUUUCAUAUCAGUGAACACAGAAACUGGUGUCAUACAAGCAGUUCGAUCAUUUGACUAUGAGCAAAUUAAAAAGAUAAACAUUAAACUCAGAGGACAGGAUGGGGGGUCGCCACCUUUAAGCAGCAAUACAACAGUUAAAUUAAAUAUUCUCGACCAGAACGAUAACCCUCCUCAGGUUCUGUACCCGGUCCAGACUGGUGGCUCUGUGGUAGCUGAAAUGGUGCCUCGUUCAGCAGAUGUGGGCUAUCUGGUGACUAAAGUGGUGGCUGUAGAUGUGGACUCUGGACAGAAUGCCUGGCUCUCCUAUAAACUGCAGAAAGCCACAGACAGGGCGCUGUUUGAAGUGGGCUCACAGAAUGGAGAAAUAAGAACAAUCCGUCAGGUGACUGAUAAAGAUGCUGUGAAACAGAGACUGACUGUGAUAGUGGAGGACAACGGGCAGCCCUCUCGCUCAGCUACAGUCAUUGUUAACGUGGCGGUGGCGGACAGCUUCCCUGAAGUGCUGUCCGAGUUCACUGACUUUCCUCAUGAUAAGGAGUACAAUGACAACCUGACUUUUUACCUGGUCUUGGCUCUGGCUGUGGUCUCCUUCCUCUUCAUCACGUGUCUAGUGGUUAUUAUAUCAGUCAAGAUCUACAGAUGGAGACAGUCUCGCAUCCUGUAUCACUCCAACCUGCCUGUGAUUCCAUAUUAUCCUCCACGUUACUCAGACACUUUGGGAACAGGGACUCUGCCACACGUGUACAACUAUGAGGUGUGCAGGACCACUGACUCCAGAAAGAGUGACAAUAAGUUUGGAGGAGCUGGCGGUCAGAACGUGUUGAUAAUGGACCCCAGUUCUACAGGAACCAUGCAGCGGAUACAGAGUGAGAAGAGCAUCCUGGAUGAACCUGACUCUCCUAUUGAGGUUGGUUAUUUUUUCCUUUUGUGUUCUUUGUAUGUAUGGCUAUAGUCUGAUUGGUGAAAGGAGCUACUUGUUUUGCCUUCACCUUCAGAACCAUGGACAGUGAUUCCUGUUGGCUUUGAUGGCAAUCUUUCUUUCUCCACAUAUACAACUUAGAAAGGCAAACUUACCUAUAUUCUCAGAGAGUAACCUGGUGUAAUGUUACAAAUCAUCCAUCCAUUCAUCCAUCCAUCCAUCCAUCCAUCCAUCCAUCCAUCCAUCCAUCCAUCCAAUCAUUCCAAUAUGAUCCAAACACUCAGUGAUUAAAGAAUAUAAUACCACAUUUAACAUUGAAAUGAAUACAAAUAUUUAAUUACAGAAAAUAAUUAACAUUUGACUGCUAAAUUCUUCAUCAUAAUAACAGCAUUGAUCAUAUGUAUAUUGUCCAUCCACUUUGGUCUAGGUACUGUUUCAUAUAAAGAUAAACCGAUUUAGGACAUCUUACUUUAGACUGAACUAGUCAGAUGUGGACAGGUAAAGAAUAUUUAUUGAUAAACAACAGAAAAGUCACAGAUAAUGAGCUUUGAGUACAUAACAUGGAAUAUAUCUCUCUUUCUGUCUAUCACAACGACAGUUUUUAGUGUGGAUGUUUAACAGAAACAAAUUUGGGUGUAUUACAUUCCUGUGCUUUGCAAU